AGUCACGUGUUUUUUUUCCACGAGACAAGUACCGAACCGAGCUUCAUCCCGGUGUACCGAGUCCGGCACAAAGUUUGAAACUGUAACAUCAUCAGCCUGCAGUAAAAUCGUUGCUCUCGCCGUCUGAAAGAAGUAGGGAAAACACCGAAGCUGUGGGACAUGGCCAGACCAGAACAAGUCCUGGUGCUUGAGCCACAACAAGAACUGAAAUUCAGAGGCCCCUUUACAGAUGUCGUCAGUGCCACCCUGAAGCUCACCAACCCCACAGAUAGAAAUGUGUGUUUCAAAGUCAAGACCACGGCACCCCGCAGAUACUGUGUGCGCCCAAACAGCGGCGUCAUUGAUGCUGGAACGUCCAUUAAUGUUUCUGUUAUGCUUCAGCCUUUUGAUUAUGACCCCAAUGAAAAGAGUAAACACAAAUUCAUGGUACAGUCCAUGCUGGCUCCAUAUGAUAUGACUGACAUGGAAGGAGUUUGGAAGGAGGCAAAGCCAGAAGAACUGAUGGAUUCAAAGUUGAGAUGUGCAUUUGAGAUGCCGCUAGAAAAUGACAAAACUCAUGAGAGUGAAAGCAACAGAACUCUGUCUUCCUCUGCCUCCCCUGUCAAGACUGAGCAUUCUGCACUGCCGAAGUCAGCCAGUGCCUCACUGGAUGAUGGAGAGGUGAAAAAGAUCAUGGAGGAGUACAAGCGGCUGCAGAUGGAGGUGCAGAGGCUACUGGAAGAAAACAGAGAAUUCAGGGAGGACAACGGGCUGCGGAAGAGAAAGAUCACGUCAGCGACUCACUCCUCUUCAUCCUCCGCCCUGAUGAGCUCCUCUGUGAGGGACGAAGGCCUACGCACUCGUGUGGUGGCGCUCUGCGUGCUCUUCUUUGUCAUUGGAGUCAUCCUGGGCAAGCUCGCCCUGUAGAGACACGGCCAGAGCGCAGUGGCAGGCGGACGGACAGCGUGUUGGGAUGUCUUCUGGGUUUAUGUUGACUUUUCUUUCCUUCUCGGUUGAUCAUUUAAGGCAACGUCAUGAUUGUUUGUCUGGAUAAAACUUUUUAAUGUGCAAUCACUUCCAUAAAUAUUUUGACACUGCAGUUAUUUUUUUUUUAGUUGUUUCGAGCUGAAAGCAAAGAGUUUUAAGUGUUGACUUUCAAUGUCAAAUUAAAUGUAUUUGCAUC